AUGGCCUAUAUCCUACGUGAAUGGCACUGGUAUAACAACUUUGGCGUUGAAGUUAAAGCCGUCGCAGAUUGUAUACUCUGCUUCUGCGGCAGUGUGGAGGGCCAGCCAAAUCUACAGCACCACUUGACCAUCAGGAAGCAUGGUGAUGGAGACCAUGACGGCGGCUACCCGCAGCUGGCCCCAGCCAGCGCGCGCCGGAUGUGUUGCCUGAGGUCAGACGAAACCUGGGAGGCUGUCCACCAUGACUCUCGGCCCGUGCUGCUGCCAACGUACGAACCGGCCUUCGUGUGGUACAUCGGCCUUUGCAUGUUGAUAUUCGGUUUCCUUGUGUUGUUCGGAUCCCUGAUCUAUUGUGUCUUCGUUUGCCGUGAAGUGGAGAGGAUGAGACCGCCCCCAGGAGAGCUUUACUGGACAAACCACUGGACCAAGCAGCUCAACAUGCCUGAAAUCCACUACACCAACACCCAGUACAAACCCUCUGAUUAUAAAGGUUCCGAAUACUCCUUUAAGACGGAGCCAAGUCGCAUGACAUCGAACAGUCAGCGGUACUGAGGAUUGACGUGCACAUUUUAAAAAUGUAUAUAUUUAUGAUUUUUUUUUCUGUCUCCAGUUCUGCUUACCGUAAAUAUUUUCUUUCGUUUAUUUAGUUUUGAUUUGUAUUUCAACUGAAAUGGUAGUUAAUUCCUUUCAUGUCCUUAUUUUUUAAUAGGACUUAUUUAAGAAAUCGAAGCUGCAGAGGGAAGAAAAUAACAUGUUAAAUGCUAAAAAGGCAUUGUUUAAAUGG